CUUUUUUAGCGAAAUUUUCUAUAAAUAUCAAGGCAGAUGGCGAAAUUGGAAUACCAUUUGGGUCAUUGCAAGGGCGAAACAAUGUACGUUGCUCAAAUAUGAACACGUUAACCUUACUCGUGAUUUUUCUAACAAUUUUUGAGGGCGCCCCCAAAAAAUCGUACAGACAGAUUCCUCGUUUAUCAGUAGAAGAUGGACAUUUUAUAUUUUAUGCCGCCUAUGGCAAAAACAUAACUUUUAGAACAACUCCCUCAGCAGGAGUAUCAAUAAAUGACAUAGACAUACUUACAAUGCUCAAUGGGGCACACAACGCUACGAGCCUCGUGAAGAAUUAUCAGGAAACUUUUGCCUCGUACGUCGAGAGAAUAGACUCCCUCGAGCAAAGAGUAUCCAAUGCACAAAUCCAGUGGAACAACAGUACAGAUCCAGACAUUAUAAGAAAAAAAAUUAGAUUACUAAAUGUAUCAAUCAGACGCCUUCACGUUAAAUUUAACAGCCUUAAAUCCAGUUUAGAUCAGAAUGAAUGUGACAGCAACCCGUGCAAGAACGGGGGAACAUGCCAGGACAUGUUCCAGAAUUAUAUUUGUCGUUGUCCGGACGGAUGGGAGGGUACAAAUUGCGAAGAGGAUGUGAACGAAUGUUCUAGAUUCAAUGGAACCGAUCUGGGUUGUCAGAACGGGGCUACGUGUGUCAAUAAACCCGGAACUUACAAGUGUCGAUGUCAGGCAGGUUUUGUCGGAUUGCACUGCACCAGAGGAAAGGCUGAUUGUAGUAUCGGGGGACAGGAAUUAUGCGGCCAUGGUGUUUGUGUCCAACAACUAGUUGGAUACAACUGCAUCUGCGAUCAGGGUUGGACUACGGACGGGACGAAUCAAGCCUGUACCGUAGACGUAAACGAGUGCAAUUUAAAUCAUCCGGCUUGCUCGAGAAGUCCAAGCGUUGCUUGUAUAAACGUACCUGGAUCGUUUUAUUGCGGCGGCUGCCCUGCGGGGUACACCGGAAACGGCUAUUACUGCGCCGAUAUAAACGAGUGCGAGAUUAACAACGGAGGGUGCAGCCUUAAUCCCAAAGUCGCCUGCAUAAAUACCCAGGGGUCUAGAAUGUGCGGCCCUUGCCCCUCGGGUUAUGCCGGCGACGGAGUAAGUUGCGUUUUUAAAGGCGUUUGUCACAUUAACAACGGGGGAUGUCAUUACUUCGCUCAGUGCAGAGACAAUCCGAGGAUAAGCUCGACUUAUGUGGAGUGCGUCUGCCCGGCUGGAUACGUAGGAAACGGUAUAGGACCAGAAGGUUGCACUUCUUCAUCGAAAAAUUUGAAUCCUUGCGCCUCGAUCCCUUGCGCGCAUGGCACCUGUUCCGCCAAUAAUGUCACUGGGGAAUACGUUUGCAGUUGCAAUAGAAAGUUCACGGGACGCAACUGCGACAUUAUGAAAGACCCUUGUGCCUCGAACCCCUGCCAGAACGGCGGCACUUGCCUGAACUUGAUUGGAAUAUCGUUCCGAUGCGUCUGUAACAGUGGGUUUAGUGGAACUUCAUGUGAAGAUGAGAAAGAAGGCUGCGGUGGGACAUUUUCCGGACCAAACGGCACUCUCAAGUAUCCGCCCGACGCUUACGAAUCAUUCGGUCACCGCAUAAGCUGCUCCUGGACUAUAGAAACAAAUUCCACGAAAAUUCUCAAUAUCACUUUCAGCAAAUUUAAUAUUAAAGCUUCUCCAGGAUGCGGAUCUAGCUGGCUGCAGGUCCACGAUGGCCCAGAUUCACAAUCGCAGCUUGUGGGAAGAUUUUGCGGUACCGAUCUGCCUCUGGGCGGUAAAAUUUCGACCACAAGCAACAUCGUUUAUUUGUGGUUUAUAGCGAACGCGGAAAACGCGAGGAACGAAUUCAACCUCACUUGGAACACCACCGAUCCAGUGUGCGGAAGGGAAAUUACAACAUCUUCUCACGGGACGAUCGAGUCUCCCGGUUCACCCGGAAAUUAUCCACCAAAUCAGGACUGUUACUGGCACUUAGUGACGCCCGUCGAUAAAAGAUUACAGUUCCAUUUCUUCUCGUUGGAUAUCGGCGUCAAUGCUGGCUGUGACCGCGAUUUCAUAGAAUUUUAUAGUACAUUCGGUAACGAGGAUGGCGCUCCGUUCGCCAAGUUCUGCAACAGUUCGCUGCCAAUGCCAUUUUUUUCACCCAGUCACGACGUUAAAGUUCACUUUCAUUCAGACGGAGAGAAUUCUUAUCCCGGAUUCCAGUUGACUUACUCCGCAGUUACAGGAACGCCAGGUUGCGGCGGUUUUUACUCGGCGAAGGAAGGUACAGUCCAUUCCGCCGAACCAGAAUAUGACUGGAAGGAGCUCGUAUGCGAAUACAAAUUUAAUCAGGGUUCCAACGCUAGAACAAAAAUCACUUUCUUAAGUGUGGACCUCGGUAAAGACCCUAGUUGUUUAACCGAUUACAUCGAGAUCCGGGAGGGUUUAGGGAAAGAUUUGCCGUUGGUUGGCCGAUACUGUGGUAGCGCUUUGCAACCUCCUUACGUUUCCAACGGACCGUUAACUAUAAUUUCUGCGACGCACCUAGGUAAAAAGUGGAAACUGAAAUAUGAAAAGCUUUGCGGAACAAAACUUUUCAAUCGAACCGGCUCCUUCAGUUCCUCUCUGCCGGGACAGGGGAAUGACUGCAUGUACCAGAUUGUGCGUCCGGUGGGAUACGUGAUAGUACUAACCAUUAAAAUGUCAUCAAAUAUUUACUAUUCCGAUCCGUUUUGUUCAUUAAGAUACGUUGCAGUGUGGGAUGGGGAUCAUGAAGAUGCACCGUUAUUAAAGAGAUUGUGCAAAAGCGGGACAGAAAUUAUAACCUCGACGCACAACCAUCUCUGGAUUCGGUAUUACGAUUCGAAUUACAGAUAUCUGACCUUCACGGCAGGGUACACAUCCAGGGAAGUUGGAUGUGGAGGCAUACUGAGGAAUAAAACUGGCAUCAUAGCUGCUUCUACUUCCAAGAGGGACUCUGUCUCUUUAUCGAAGUGUUCCUGGGUGAUCAUCUCUCCUCCAGAAUUUGUUAUUCGUCUGACUUGGGUCUAUUUCAACCUCGAUUCCUACAGCUCGCUCGAAGUCUUCGAUAACAACACCGAUUUGGGAUCGGGCGAACUGGUGGGCAAGUUCACGGGAUCCAAACUACCGCCUAUGUUGUCGAGUAUGGGUAAUAUCAUGACGAUAGUUUAUAAAGGUUAUCGCAAAGAGUUCUCGGGAUCCUACGCUUUCGUCCAUGAGUCUAACAUUUGCGGAGGGAAUUAUUAUACUUCUAGUGGCAUUAUCAAGUCUCCGAAUUAUCCAGCGAGCUAUCCGAGCUAUCUAGACUGCACUUGGAAGAUUAUCGUACCUUCCGGGCAGCAAAUUUUAUUGAAUGUAACCGAUUUUGGGUUGGAGAGUUACAGGUCGUGUCAGUUUGACUUGUUGGAAAUAAGGGAUGGAAGCACGUCACACUCGCCGUUAAUAGGAAAAUAUUGCUCGGUGAUUCCUAAACUGAUACCUUCCCAUGCCAACGAACUAUAUCUACACUUUAAAACGGACGGUUUUAUCACCAGACGUGGUUUCAAGAUUCGAUGGUCUUCUGCGGCAACAGGUUGCGGAGGUAGGCUGACAUCGCCCUCUGCUUCUCUCACUUCCCCCGAGUAUCCAGAACCGUACAGCAAAAACGUGGAAUGCACCUGGCAGAUAACGGUGGCAUCUGGGACACGGAUUCAGGUCAUAUUUUUAGAUGUACAUCUAAAGGGACGUGGCCAGUGUGAAACGAAUAAUAAUGAUAUAGAGUAUGUCCAGAUAUUCGAUGGAUUGGAGAUAAAUUCCAAAUCUCUAGGGUUCUUCUGCUCUAAACCGGACAAAUUAAUCGUCUCUUCCGAUAACAAAAUGCUGGUAAAAUUCAGGUCGUCCUUCUAUUUGCGAGGUAGAGGUUUCAACUUGUAUUAUUCCUCGUUUUGCAACAACACCCUCACAGGGUUCAGGGGAGUGAUUGAGAGUCCAAACUUUCACGGCGGCGAUUCUCAGGAACUGAACUGUUUGUGGGACAUAAUCGUCACCGAUAAAAAUAAAAUAAACAUAACGUUUACGCACUUGGAUGUAGGCACUUCCACUGGAAAUGUCAACAAAUCCUGCGGCUCAAGCUAUGUCGAGUUAAAGUAUUUUGAGCUGAAUAAGGAUAAUUAUGAGCUGGACACCCUCACCCAAGGCAAGUAUUGCGGUUCUGAUAACCCAGGGUUAAUCACUAUAAAUUCCGAUCAUGCCCAAAUCCACUUCGUUAGUACCGGAAACGGACGAGGAUUUAGGUUAGAGUGGCAACUGUUCGGUUGCGGUGGGGUUUUAACCGACAGUUCUGGUACGAUUCAGUCCCCCAAUUACCCCAACGGACUUCCCCCAAUCAUUAAAUGCCAGUGGCGCAUCGAAGUGGAACUUGGUUAUAGCAUUCAGUUAUAUUUCAGGGAAGUAGAUUUGAGUAAGACGUCAUGCUACAAUUCCUACGUUCGGGUGCUCAAUGGACCUGACGAUUCCUCUACCGUACUAUCAAACUUUUGCCACUUAGUAAAACCGGCCGUAGUAACCAGUACAGGAAACCAAAUGUUUAUUGAUUUUCACACCUAUUAUAGCUUUAACGGAAAAGGAUUCAUUGCGAAUUAUUCGGCCGUCCCUACCAAGUGCGGCGGCAAAUUUACGGUUCCUGAAGGUGCCAUAUCGUCACCGAAUUACCCCAAUAACUUCGAUAAGAACGAUAAUUGUUACUGGCUUAUCGAAGUUGAAAAAGGUCACGCCAUAGAGCUGACAUUUGAGGACGUGGACCUGCCGGAAGACUGCAACAAGUAUUAUAUAAAAGUGUACGAUGGUUCAACGGAAACCCGUCCAGUCUUAGAAACUGUUUGCAAUGUUACCCCGAACGAAACAAUUUCGUCGACCUUCAAUCAGAUGUAUGUAGCGUUCAGAACAGACACUCAGACGACUAAAGGAUUCUUAGCGAAAUACAAAAAGUCAUGUGGAUCACGAAUCGUCACGAAGAGUAGCGGUAAUAUCCAAGUAAAAUUCUUAGAAUUUCAAGAUUACACUACUUGCAUUUGGACUAUAGUAUCGGAAGAUCCUGCACGUCACAUAAUUUUAACGAUAACGCGGAUGCAAGCGAGAGCGUAUUCGUGCCAGUAUUCUCCAGUGAAAAUAUUUGGUGGUGAAACAAUUGAGUCCCCUCUUGUGAAAAGCUACUGUGAACCGCAAGCCCCAGUGCCCAUAAUCAGCGACGGAUCAGCCCUUACGAUUCAGUUGAAUCGCAGAAUUGAUUUCUUCGCUACGUACUCGGUCUUUGAUUCCCAUUGCGGAGGUACAUUCAAUUCGAUUAAGGGAUUCUUUGCUAGUCUAGGAUAUCCCGAUAAGUACCCGCCUGACAUGCAGUGUGAAUGGACAUUAAGAGUGGCACCCGGUAACAAAAUAAGCCUAAGUUUCCAUGAAUUUGAUCUACUGGAAUCGGAAAACUGCGAUAUGGAUUUCCUGGAGAUCAGGAAACACAACGUUUCGGGUCCACUGCUGGGCGUUUACUGCGGAAAGAAUAAACCCUUAAAUGUCACUCACGAGGGAACACUGUGGAUGUUAUUUAAGAGCAGCAAAUUGGAUAGCGACACGACUGUCGCAGCUAAAGGCUUCUACGGAGAAUACGAAUUAGAUGUCGACAAUGAUCUCACUGGACCCAAGGGCGUUAUAGCUUCGCCGUUAUAUCCACAGACGUACUACAGCAACACCCAUUUCUCCUGGAAAAUUACGGUCGACCCGAAAAAGCGUAUUCUGCUUACUUUCAAUGAAUUUUAUAUGUUUUCUAAUGAUUACAAAAGCUGUUUCUACGACAGUAUGAUUGUUUACGACGGUGCCGAUAGUGAAGCGCCAGCGUUGAGGUCGUCCUUUUGUGAUGGCACUCUCCCCGAUCCUAUAAAAUCAAGCACAAACACGCUAUAUAUUAAGCUCUAUGCGUACUAUGUCGAAAUGGGUACAAAGUUUUUAAUAGAAUGGCUUGAAAUAAGCGAUACACAGGAAAUAUCAACAAAUGCGACCGUUUCUACCAAUCAAAGUUGCGGGUCAUCGGACGUAAUAGACAUGAGUGGAAGGAACGAUUCCUAUCACAUUACGUCGCCCGGUUAUGGGUCAAACCUUAGUUGCGAAUGGAUAUUCUCCACGAUCCCAAUGAAUCACCUGUCGGUCGACGUCGAAGAUAUAAACCUGUCCUCACCUGCUUGGCGCUUCAGUCCGGUGUGUACGCAGGAUUUAGUUAAUUUCUACCAGAAGGGUUCGGAGGAUAACGACUGGGUACUCAUCAAGACAGUUUGUAGAAAAGAAGGCGAAUAUAAGAAUCUGCAGUUUACGAACUUACUCAAAAUCCAGUUCGUUACGAAUGGGAAUCUCAACACGACCGGAUUUAAAGCUGCGGUUUAUCAAAAAUGUGGCGGAUCGAUGGAAGGUCCCACGGGUGUUAUAUAUGUUAACGUAGCCAGUAACUACGGAUUUGACUGCGAAUGGAAUGUAACCGUCCGUACCGCAAGAACAAUUAAAGUAACCUUUGAGAAAAUACAAAUUGACCACAACCGUAUGAGAGGAUGUGAAAAUUAUGUGAUGUUGAGAAAUGGAAAAUAUCCAGACUCUCCUCUGUUAGGGAAUGGAACGUAUUGCGGCACGACCAUUCCAGAACCACUGAACACUACCGGAAACAGCUUGUAUGUAAAAUACAAAAAUUUCCCGACCACUGAGGGUUUCGUCCUGAAAUACCAGGAAAUAUCGGUGGGAUGCGGAAACGAAAUAAUAUUGUCCCAAUUUGACAACUCCGUGGAAAUAAAUUCACCAAAUUAUCCAAACAUCCCGCAUCCCUACACGGAGUGUUCGUGGAUGAUAAGAGCGCCCCCUGGCGACUCGCUCCGGGUAGAUUUCGAGGAACGAUUCGACUUGACCCACUCCGCAGCAUGCGGAAUAGAAUACGUGGAAGUGAGAGACGGGGGUUCGGAAUUAUCCCGUCUCAUUGGCAGAUACUGCCGAAACGCACCCGGCACACAAUUCUCGACGGACAGCGUGAUCUUUGUGAAAUUUUUCACCGACACUAAAGUACCUAGGAACGGUUUUAAGGCCAAAAUAUCGUUGGCGUAUUGUGGUGGUACCGUAAAAGGCUACCGGGGCCAAAUCGAGAGUCCUCGACAAAAUAAAGAUCCGAAGCACAACUGCACUUGGCACAUUGUCGGGCCUCUAGGCCAUUAUUUAAACAUACAGUUUGUUGAAUUAAAAUUGGAUACGAGCGGAAAUAAAAUCACUAUUCUGGAGAAAAACCUGCUGUUCAAUAACGUAACAAAACUCGGUGAAUACAAUGGAAGUGUUCUCCCCCCACCUCUCACCACAUCAAGCAACGAAGCUCAAGUGAACUAUAUAGGAGGGCCUGGGUCGAUUUUCCGAUUGAAAUUCAAUGCCAGCAUGUCUCAAUGUGGCGGUACCAUAAGGGCAGAGUCUGGAGAAAUAACGUCUCCCGGAUACCCACUGGCAAUCCACCGGAGACUGUGCAGGUGGAGAUUCGAAGUGCCAAGCGGACGUCGCAUAACGUUUAAUUUCGUCGAUUUAGAUCUAGACUCCGAUUACGACGAAAUAUUACUCUACGACGGUUCCGUUAAAACGAGCAUACUUUUAGCCAUAUUGCUGGGGUCGGAAACAUCCGAUCGAACUUUCGAAACAAGUUCAAAUAUGAUGGCGAUGAUCUUUUGGCCCCACGACUUUUCCUAUCACCGUGGAUUCAAAGCCUCCUUCUCAUCGAAUAAACCUACGAUUUGUUCUAGCGACUUCACCGCCGACUCCGGCGUUCUAACACAACCGGAUUCGAGGAAUAAUUCUUACUGGUGCCAUUGGACGCACCACAACAAGAACACGUUCCUUAACCAGACCUUCGCGUUAACGAUAAGUCUAGAAGUCAAAGGGAAAAAAGCCGUUUCAAAUCUGCAAUGUAAAACUUCGUUAUGGGCUAUCAGGGUGGCGAAUCAAGAGGAUCGAAUUCUAGUUACUUUGUGUCCUCUAAUUAUUCAGAAUUACGUGAUUCGGUCCCCAUUUCCCGUAACGAAACUAGUCGCUUUUGCGUGCGGUCAGAUGAAUUUCACGAUAUCGUACAAUACCUACGAUUGCGGAGGGAUCCUAAACAAACAAGAAGGUUUCUUGUCUAGUCCAAAUUUCCCGAACAAGUCUUCCCAAUCGGUAGAAUGCGCCUGGCUGGUGCAAGUCGACAAAGAACAGACUGUAAACCUCACUGUUCUUAAUAUGGACCUGGGGAACGACUGUGACAAAAGUUUCAUUGCCAUUUACAACGGAAACGGACGUUCUCACCCGAGGAUCGGGAAAUACUGCGGGACAGACAAGCCCGAUGGUAUAAUAUCUCAGGGCGACAGCUUGUGGGUAGAGUACAGAUUCGAAGUCGGAUCUACAGGGACGGGAUUUCAACUGAAAUACGAAGCCGAGUCUCUAGGCUGUGGUGGGAUCUACCACGACAGGGAGAGGUUCAUUCGCACGCCAAACUACAACCGGGACUAUCCGAAUAACGCGGAGUGUGUGUGGGAAAUUAGAGCCACUCUCGGAUACUUCAUUCGUCUUCACUUUAUCGAAAGGUUCCAAAUCGAAACCAGCGACAAGUGUGCAAACGAUUGUGUGGAGAUUUGGAACUGGAAAAAUGACCAAUGGACAUCGAUCGCCAAAGUAUGCGGCCGUAAUAAUCCUAAUAGCGUGCAGUCGACAGGAGACAGAAUGAGAAUAAUAUUCAGGAGUGACAACAGAACAACUGGGAGUGGAUUUAAAGCCAAGUGGGAAUGGAUUUGUGGGGGAACCCUCGAGGCAACAGGCACGCCACACACUGUAGUCAGCCCAGGGUAUCCCGUAUCCUACAAGGGAAACUUAAGUUGUGUGUACACAAUUGUAUCGAAAACGGAUGUUGUCAAUUUCCACUUCGAUGAUUUCGAUUUAGAAGAAUCGGAGGAGUGUAAACACGACAAUGUAACGAUUACGGCAACGUACCCCUCAAGAUAUUCUUUUAUGGGACAAUCUUUUUGUGGUACAAGAAAACCGCCACCUUUGAGGAGGAACCAUAUUAUCGUCACCUUCAAAACCAACCCUUCUGGCAACAAAAAGGGAUUCAAGUUCACGUACAAAGAUGACGGUUGUGAUUUAAAUAUCACACGGGCAACAGUUAUUAACGGUCCUUCCAUCAUAGACCAAACUUACGAUCGAGAUAUGAUGGAGCUAGUUUCAUGCUCCUGGAAAAUUAUUGCACCCCCAAAACAAGUUGUUGUCUUGAGAAUAAUAUCUAUGGAUAUACAAGGGAACCAUGUGUUCAACAGUGUCGAUAUAUACAAAGGUUUGAGCGAGAAACAGGAGAAUAAACUGGCCUCGUUGUCUGGUAGUGUGACCGACUUGUCCCCAAUAUUGGCCGACACUGGUAGUAUGUCGGUAAAACUGGAAUCUUACACCACCUACUACAAGAAUUUCAAGGCGCAAGUGUACUUCACUCACGGACCGUCUGAAGGCUGCGGCGGUACCAUAAACCUUACAGAAACUAAAUAUAUACAAGCGCCCGACCUGGAAAAUCUGGAUUGCGGAUGGAAAAUUAAGGCCCCGUUGGACCACCAAAUACAAGUCCACUUUACGGAACUCGACCUACCGGGAGCGUGUACCGAUAAUAGCACUUCGUGUUCCUUCAUAGAGGUACGCGACGGAUUGUCGCCUUUUUCAGAACUAAUAGAAAAAUUGGACAGCAAGUCGAAUGCGAGGCCCGAAUAUCGCAAGUUCAGCACGUCUUUGAAUAGGUGCUAUAUUAGGCUCGUGGUUACGGGUCGUCGAAGCAGUGCCUUCAAAGCGAUCUUGACACCGGUAAUAUCCAAAUGUGGCCCUUCCAUAUUAGAAGCUACCACGGAGAUAAAAACUUUAACUUCCCCAAAUUACCCGGAUAAAUAUCCACCUAAUAUAGCGUGCAACUGGGCGAUUACCGCUAACAACUCGUGGGACGCAAUCGAAUUGCACUUCACAGACUUCAAUCUAACGGGAAGUAGUGAUAGUUCUCUCGUUUGUAACGGCGAUAAGGUGAUCGUAGCAGAAGAUCCCGACGGACAAAUCGCAACGGCAGGCGUGCAACCUCAAACGAGUAGAGCCAUUUUUAUGGACUACAAUUAUUAUUCAGCGAGGCAUACGUUUUGCAGUAACUUAGACUCCGUUUUGGACUAUUACUCAGUAAAGAAUUCUGUAACGGUAACGUUUAAAAGUCUGUUAUCAACGCAACAGGGCAGAGGUUUUAAAUUAGAGUACAGGCUGACUGGUUGCAACAGGAAUUAUACGAGCCUUCAGGGCUACGUAUACUCCCCCAGACACACAUCCGAUUGCGUCAUCACAAUUAACGUGCCUGAAAAUCGUACAAUUUCAUUAUAUUUUGAUAGGUUUUAUAUUUUCUACAACGCAGCCUGCCGCGGUACAGGUUUUGAGGUGAGAGACGGCGCACCCGACGGGCAACUGCUGUCGCAUUCCUGCGGCAAUCAACUUCCGGAUCCAGUGUUCUCUUUCAGCAACAAAUUAUACCUUCACGUCUAUAAUAUUUCGAAAUAUCCCGCGGCUUACGGCGUGGGGUACACAUCGACGGACGCAGGCAGAGGAUGUGGCGGCGAACUAUACGCGUACAGGGGACGCGUGUCUAGCCCGUUGUACCCGAAUCAAUUCAGGAAUGACAUGGUUUGCAGAUGGGUGAUUAGGGUGCCGGUGGAGCUGUAUGCUGCUUUAAAAUUCCACGCUUUCGACAUUCAAGGCAGUUGCGACCAGACGUACGUCAGGAUAACGACGUAUUUAAAUAACAAGCUGAUUCGCACGUUCUGUCAACACGAUAAUCCGGCCAUCCUGCGGUCCAAUUCUCGGAUCGACAUCGAAUACAGCUCGUCGACCCACAACGGCGGAAAAGGCUGGCUGGCAGGAUUCCUAGGGCUGGAAAGCGAAACUGCUGACGUGCGUUAGGGUGGCGGCACAACCGAAUUAUUUUCACGAUGUAUUUUAAAGUGAAUUGUAAAUAUUGUGUAAUAAUAAUAAUAAAAGUAUCGAUUUCA